AUGCAGAUGCCACAUUGCCGGCCUCAGAAUCUCCCACUGAUUCUUCUGGGAACUAUGUUGCUGGCAAGAAAUUGGACUACUGUGAAGAGCCAAGUCCUGUACGAGCAUGAAAGAGAACCAGCCUACUGGGAUGCCAAGGCCAAGGAGACACUGGAUGCUGCGUUGAAACUCCGCCCUCUGGAGCACCAGGCCAAAAACAUCAUCUUGUUCCUUGGAGAUGGGAUGGGUGUGUCCACUGUGUCAGCCGCUCGGAUUCUUGAAGGUCAAAUGGAAGGCAAUGCAGGGGAGGAGACAGUACUGGCAAUGGACACUUUUCCAUAUGUGGCACUUUCUAAGACAUACAGUGUAGACAAGCAGGUGGCAGACAGUGCUAGCACAGCUACAGCCUACCACUGUGGAGUGAAAGCCAACGCCAAAACCGUUGGACUGAGCGGCAAUGCAGUGGCCUAUGAAUGUAAUACCACUUUUGGCAACGAGGUCUACUCCGUACUGCGACGUGCAAAAGCCAAAGGUAAAUCAGUUGGUAUUGUGACUACAACUCGGGUCCAGCAUGCAUCACCAGCUGCUGCCUAUGCCCACUCAGUCAGCCGUAGCUGGUACAGUGAUGCAGAUCUUCCAAGUAGUGCACGCCAUCAAGGUUGUGUGGACAUCGCCACUCAACUAGUUACCAACGUUGACAUUGAUGUGAUCCUGGGGGGAGGGAGGAUGUAUAUGACACCAAAAGGCACGUCCGACCCUGAGUAUCCAACUUCAAACUCUCGCAAGGGAGACCGCAAAGACCGGAGAAACCUUAUAGACGUCUGGUUAAAAGCUAAACCAAACAAGAGUUCGCACUAUGUUUGGCACAGGAAGGAUUUUGACCAAAUUAACAUUGAAACUACUGACCGGCUCAUGGGUCUGUUUGAGCCAAAGGAUAUGAGGUUUGAGGUUUUCCGAAACACCACCCGUGACCCCUCUAUUGUUGAGAUGACGGAGAAAGCCAUUCAAAUACUGAGCAAGAACCCAAAUGGCUAUUUUCUUUUUGUGGAAGGAGGAAGAAUUGAUCACGGACACCACGAUGGAAUAGCAAAACUUGCACUAACAGAGGCUGUGAUGUUUGACCGAGCAAUUGAACGAGCAUCACAGCUCAGCAGAGAAUCUGAUACAUUAACUGUUGUCACGGCUGACCACUCUCAUGUCUUCACUUUUGGUGGCAACACACCCCGAGGAAAUCCAAUUUUUGGGCUUGCACCAAAAAAAGCAGAUGACCAAAUGCCUUUCACCAGCAUCCUGUACGCAAACGGCCCUGGUUAUGUGCAUAUAAAUGGAACCAGAGGGAACAUCACGAUGGUGGAUUACUAUGAUGAGGAGUACAUGCAGCAAGCCGCUGUCCCUCUUGACGCUGAGACACAUGGUGGGGAAGAUGUGGCUAUUUAUGCCAAAGGCCCCAUGGCUCACCUCUUCCAUGGAGUAAAAGAACAGAAUUAUGUGGCUCAUGUUAUGGCCUACGCUGCCUGUUUGGAACCCUACACCGACUGUCCCCCACAUUCUCAUUCCCAUACAUCCGCUGCAUGUGUGACAACACCCUCAAACCUAAUAUUUGGACUAAUCGGCUUCCUCUGGCUGUCCAGAUGA